GAAGUUGCUGGGUUCUGAGUGGAACAAAUCUAAACGGCUCCUUAUCUGUUGCGCCAGCUGGCUCCUCUCUAUUUGUCCUGUCCUUUCAAAAGCUCUGGUCAGUCCACUGUCACAUUGAUGAAUUGUGCAGCUCAUCAAAUCCCUUUGAGAUCCUUGCAUGCGAUAUUGCUCGACUGGACAACCAGCCUGACCAAUUCUCACCCAUUUUCCUUCCGUGUGGCCGAUAAAAGUGUGAGCGAGGCUUUGACACGGUUACUGACAGCUACAAGGGCUGUGCUCUUCGUUGGCGCUUCGAGCGGACCUUGGACCCCGAAACACAAGCUUCCUUGUGACUCGCCAGUUUGACCAAUAUUUGUGAUUUGGCUUUUGAACUGUCGAGCUCAAUCUCAGACAAUUGCUUGGCACGGUGCCCUGCCCAAGGUCCCGUUAUUCCAGUCUGAACACGCCCCUCCCGUGGCCUCGUGGCCAUGCGUUGGUGUUGAAUAAAUACUUCCAUUGUUGUCGUUAUCACUCACCAGAGGACGAAAAGGACCAUAUCUUUUGCGAACAACAACUUUGCGUUUCUUCUGCCUGGACGGCAGUUCUGUGUUAUUGAAACAAUAUUGGAAGCCGAUAUGGACAGCAAACCCCUGCGGCAUCUGGAUGAAGACACACGAGCAUUACACGACAGCAACAAAACCCUUUCAGCGCGCUGCAAGGCACGACACGACCCGUUGUCCGCGGUAGCGUACUCCAAACGGCUCGUUCUUUCAACAAACUUCGAUUCGAGGAGCCACUUGGCCAUCAAAGACGUGAUUCGUUCUUCACCUGAGCUCUAGGGCUCUAACGAAUUCGCAAGCGUCACCCUUGAUCGACGAACCAAUCCUGAGCUUCGUGUUUACGUUACUGAAACUGCUCGUUACUGUGCACACAGUUCGCUGGGGACAAGACGGACACGCGGUCAUCCCCGGACUGGUCUUCCUUGCUUUGCUUUGCUUCACUUCUGGCACUCCGGUUUCGCGGUGCGGAUCUCAUAUCCGGCACUGGCUGGGCCUGGAAUCGAAGCUUGUUGAGCCUAGGCAGGGUUACACAGCUUGAUCCGAGAAAAAGGGUCUUUUUAGGGAGGAAACAUCAUUAAAGUCAGGGCAAUUAAGAUCAGGGGACUGAUCGACAAACGAGGGAGGGCAUCAAUUGGAGAAAAAGAAAGAAAGAAAGAAAGAAAGAAAAAAGUGAGACCUGUUACAAAGCAAUUCAGGGCCCAGCAGACCAAAAAAAGAAGUUCGGGAAACUUUUCAAAUCUGUCCGCAAAAAGCUGAGGCGUGGAAGUUGACUGCCGCUGCAUCAAGGCCCACAGGGCAGUUUUGAAGAGGUGAGGACCUUCUGGCUCCUGCCAAAACCUCUACAGGGCCACCGAGGAGACCCACUCCGCUCCGCUGUUGCCAGAUUGAUUGCAGCGUCUGCCCGCCUGCCACUGUCCAAUUCCCACUGUCCACUCCUGCCAGCACACCAAACCCCCUGGCUCUUAGCCCCGAAGGCAGGAUCAAAGGUACCGACCCCAAGUCUCACCCUGUCGUGUCGCACUUGCCCUGUCUUGGAUCCCGGAAUUCGGACUGGGGGGGGUGGCCACUGCAGACAGGAUGAUGACUCCACGCUCUUUCAUGCUGGCGCAGCGUGAGAGGGAGAGCCACCAUCAGCGCCCUCCUUCCCCUUGUACUACCGGUGCUAGUCAUCAUAAUACUUUAUCUAUUCCUACUCCCUCUUUAUCUCCUGCCUUCACUCCCAUUCCCACACGUUUAUUCUCCUCCUCACCCUCACCUUUAUCUUCUUCUGUUCUCUUAGAUACUUCGUCUCCUCAUCACCAAAUAUCAACACCGAUCAACAGUGUACAUUAUCCGUAUCAGCCAUCACCAACAUACAACACCAAGUUGGCGACCCCAACAACAGCGACCUCGAAGUCGACCACAUUCUCACUUCCGCGCUGGUCGCCAAAGUAUGACGAUAGCAACAAGCACACUACAGUCACCAUAUCUUCAGCUCAGCCGGACUCCAAUGCAACAAUGGUUAAACGCAAGGAUUGGCGGGAGACUUCAAGUCUUGCCCCUUCGAGCCCACCAAAAACAACAGUUAGUUUGACGAUGAGAUCAACGACACCAACAAGUCCUGUCAAGAUUCCUACUACCAACAACCGAUAUGGCGCUCAUCCUCAAAAGCGUCAUUCAUCACAGAGGAAACGAAGCAGUGACUCGCGAUCUUCGGAUAAACUUUCACCGUCUCUCGUUGCACUCUUGGCCGUUACAGAUAUUCCUCGACAUAAGCAGCUUCAGAGGCGCCGCCGCCGUUCCGAGAAGACCCUGACAGUGCAGGAGGUUAUUGACUGUCAGCAUGCUUCGGAAAAGGAACUGAGCUGGACAUUCGGUAGCCCUCUGGAUAUGCUUCUCUCCCCACCUCAGGAAGUUGCCGACGAUGAUGAUAGUGUGAGCGAUUGCAACAUUGGCUCCAGUAUGUCAACAAGAACUUAUUCCAUCGAUUCCAUCCCAUCUCUGGACGAGUCAUUCUCUAGCGAGUGCCUCUCAUCUCUCGGAAGCCCAAGGACACCUAGCCCAUGCUCUCGCAGGACUAACUUGACUCCUAUGCGAAAGUCGCUGGAGCCUGUUAUCUCUCCACCUGGUUCCGUUGACGAACACCCACUGGCCGGAGAUGAUCUUGACGUCGAUGAGCUGGACUUCAGCACUCUCAAUCAGCCUGAGGAGGCUCAGCCCAAGUCUCAGUUCCUGGAGCCUUUCAAGCCCUUGAGGUCUGUCUUCAAGUCAAAUCUUACCGCUUCACUCCGAGCCCUUCGAUCAGCGGCCCGAUCCUUCUCGGUUCUGAACCUUCCUUCUAUCCCACCGGAUGAUUACUUAACUCGAUCUAUUCUCACCAUCGACCCCAAUGUUCCCUAUGCUGAUGAGCGUCGGCCACCCGUUUCCGAGGAAAUGCCUUCCGCAGCAGUUCGCCGUUAUCUCAACCCUACCACCAACGCAAGAAUCGAACCGCCAACCAAGACCGUUUUUGCCGGAACUUUUGCUGCAUCGAUUCAGAUGCGAACUUACAAGAUCCAGCGCUCCCGAACAGCCCCGGGCUCUAACCGAAACUCUUAUCCAUCAACAUCACUCCAAUCGCAGCCUGCCCCUGUCCCUCAGCAGCCACAGCCGCAGGUCCCCACUCAAUCGGUCCCAGGCAUGCGACAGCGGGAAAUGCGGGAGAACUCCGACUUCAUCCGUAUCGCUGUCAUGGAAAUGGCGAUGCGCAAGCGUGGAAAGCUCGACGACCAGCGACCGGGCCGAGCUCGUUUCGCACUUCCUCCACGACAAACCUCAACGAAGCCUUACGAGAUGGGAGCAAACGGUGUUCCGGCUCGCUGGAUUCCUAUCACAGUCUAGGUUUCCAUUGCUGUGCCGUAACCAGAAUCGACACCACAAAUCAAAAGGCUUGAAUUUCUCGAUUUACGACAUGCAACACGUCAUGUACCUGGCCAUGGUUUCUUUGCAUUGCAACGAGACCGAUUCAGGCAGGACAAUCCACGGAAGUGCAGCCGACUUGGGACCCACUUCGUGGACUCAUUAUGGAGUCCCUGACGUUUAUCCAUGCCAUUGGAUGCGAUGAUGCAAAUUUUUUGCCCCCCCAUCUCAAUGGAAGGGUUUUAGAAGCAUGCCCACGAGCGAUGGUCCCGCCACCCGACGAUAGGCCCCGGAGAAAGUGCAACACGACUUUCGGCGGAACCAGAGCAAAACGAAUGACCUGGUUCUGACUCGGGAAAACCGGGUCGAAAUUAGCAACACUCAAGGGGAUUGGCCACCGAACACGAACCCGAAACAGUUUGGGCCUCGGCACUCAAGGUCAUUUCACCAUGAGGGCAUCGGCCAAACACACCCUCACAACCAAUCACAAUUUCCAUUAGACAUGGGAAUACUUCAUCAUUCUAGAAAGCGAGUGGCAUUUUCAGGAGUUUCCCGUUAUUACACGUUAUCUUAUUUACUUAUUCCCCUUUCUUAUCACCGCGAGGUGGAGAAAAAGCGCACAAUCACCGGAUUACCAGGAACUUAUUUGAUUCUUGUACAUUGACCAAAAUUUCUCAUAUUUCUUUUUUCAAACAGGCCCUUUCGGCAUUUGACCCCCGCCCAAGCGGGAUCGGAUGCAACUGAACAAAAUCCCGCUCAUGGCCGGGCUUAUGGAGAGCCUUGGGACGCGGUCGGAGAAGACUCGGACAGAGAGGGAGUCAUCGCAUUUGUUGAGAGGAGUUCGCAUUUAGGACCACAGGAACAGAGCAUUGAGUCCGGCGAAUUGGGAGAUCAUAUCUUUUUUUCUGAGCAGAACUGUCACCAGUACAUACAUAUCACAUUCACAAUGCAAUCGUCUUUUGAGGCGAGGAGAGGCAUAGGCGCAAGCGGCAUGGCAGGGCAAGGAAGACAUUGAGCGGUGUAUUUACUUGGAUAUCCAUUUGUUAACAUUUACAUAUUUUUAUCAAGAUAUUACUAGUAUUUUUCGUGUUCCACAACCCACUGCGAAUAUCCUCUUACAUUGGACCCUUCGGCUAUUUCUAGCCCGACUUUUUGGUAACCAUUCAAUUCGUGGACCUCAUUACCUUCGCCAAAAGCGGCAAAGCGACAUUUGGGCUGGGCAAUGCACGAAUGCCCAACCAACCACCUCAUCAAAAAGUAAUAUUGCACUGGACAGACUACCUACCUGCACGUUGGCGCUGUUGUCUCAGUCACCGAUUGUUGAGAUUGCGUGGUCAACAGUUACUGGAUCUCACGACAAGGCCUUGCUGGCAAUCUCGGCUAACAAGCUUAUUCCACUCCAUCAGUCUAUCUGCUCGGUUAUGGACCUUCUCUUUAUGCUUCUCAUCCGGGCAAAACUGGAGCGAUGAUGCCAGCAAUAGUGUGACAGGAGUUCCUCAGAUGUGGGACAAAGAACAAAAGAACUUCUAGAAGACCCUUUCCUUCUUGUUGUGGGGGUUAAAAGCCGCGACAUUGGAUUGAGUCAGACGCUAGUCAGGGGUUGGUAAAGGGCAGGGCUAUAAGCGCCUUAAUUGUCGAUGUUUUGACCACGGGAGAGAAAUCGACAACUCCCCGCUUGCGAUAAGGGAAAUAACGCCAAAAAGGCAAGAUUUUCAACAGGGUUCUCUUUGCUGCACUGUACUUUGUUGUGCAGUAGCUGGCUCCAUAAUGCCCUCAGGGCCCCAAGGGGCGUGUAGCGGAGACAAAUCUCCUAUGCCCAGGAGGGAAAAAUGUUCUAGACCGCUUAUUACAACAUGUUGUUUACUAUCUCGUGACUGCAGAGCAUAUGAAGCCAUUUAACCAGGCGGUGUAUUAAUUCCUAUUCUGUGGGGAGGCUUCUCUUUAUCAUUCGGAUAUGUCUACCGAGCUGACCGCGAUAGGGCAUGGCGAGCCCUGAUGACGAUGGGCAGGGUUAAUUCAUCCAAGACCACGAGAAACCGACAUGUCAACCUGCCUAUGUCGGACAUAUGUACUCAUCUACGAUUAUAGGGAGUAUCCUGGAUAUGAAAACGCGAGCAUGUGUUCUUUUGUAGGAUGCUCGGCAUGAUAGUCGGGGGACUAGCCACGACGAGAAGGAGGCAAGACUUUCUGUAACAAGGGCAAAAGGUCCUACGAUAGACACUCUCACAUAAGUGCCUAAAGAUACGAAAUACCCUGACUAUGAUUUCUUUACUAUGGAGGAGUUAUAGGCAGGUGAAUGAUAGUGAUAUUUGCAUGUGCGCAGCAUGUGAGUGCGAUUAAUAGCUUGACACUUGAUCCUGAUAUGACGGUACAUGGGAUUUGAUGUGGGCGCAGUACUAUGAGCAAGAAUCUUACGGAUGAUUCGUUCAUUCGAACGAGUAUGUUUAAUACAUGGUCAGGGCCAAGGUCGUGCCGAGGCGAUGAGAUGGAAGACGGUGAGCUGAAAGCUAGUAGCUACAAUAACAACUGCUAAUG